AUCGUUGAAAAGUAAGCGAAGGACGCCGUGACCAGGAGAAGUUCAGCGAUGCUUGCUAGGCCAGGCAUUAUAGCGCCUUUUGCUUCGCAAGCGUUCCGCAUUUCUUGUGCUGGCGUUGCACAGCCAGGAUCCUGCUGUAGCACAAUAGCUACCCGAACGGCAGGCGGCGAUGCGACCGCUCGGCCUGUCGUUUGUUCCGAUGCCCGCGAUGGGUGAACGAGGACGAGAAAGCUGAAGCAGAGCCUCGAAAAUCAUGAGCACGACAAGGGGCAGGCCACCCGGAGCGGGGGCGUCUCAACGACUUCCGUACAAGCAACCACUGAAUGCGAAUGGGCUCAUCUCCGCGUAUCACGUGGAAGAAGACGAUGAGCAGCCGACCAUCGACGAAGCGGUUUCCGGCUUCGCAGGUCGGGCUUCCUUCGGUGCUGCCCUGAUAAAUCUAGAGGACAAGCAAGCUCCUGCUGCACCGAAAAAAAGGGCGACAAACGCGAAGCCGCGAAAGUCUUCGGCGGGUGGAGGUAGAAGGAAAAGCCGUGUUGAUGUCGCAGAGUUGGAGGCAGCACCGGCGACGGAAGAGGAAGUUGUGGAUGCCGCUGUGACUGUGGCGGAGAGGUUUAAACGGAUUUCGCAG